AAACAAAAGAAAUAUAUGCGAACAUGGCAUGUGUUCGGAACACAAUCAGUUUGUCAAAGAUUGUACUUUUAUUUCUCGCACUUAUGACAUAUUCAGUUUUAUUAUCUCUUUUAUCCAGUGAAAUAUUUUUAAGGAGAUAUCAUUCAAAUAUACUAAAUCAGUUUCAUGAUUUAAAGGGAUCUGACAAUAUUUUAAAGCAACUUGAGAUUGUGCCGGAACAACCAAAUAUUGUGUUGGUACAAUCAGAUGUUGUGUUAGAACAAUCAAGAAAAGUACGAAAUAAUUCAGAUGCAAAAUCAAGUUCAAAUCAAAAUAAAAAGGAAUCUGUGCAAGUAAAUAGUCACCAUGGCAACCAAUGGAAUGGAAAAGAGGGCAAUCGUGCAUUUUAUAAAAUACCAGGGGUUGAGAUUUACUUGAAAUCGGCUCAUCUGGAUGAUCGAUUCAACGAAACAUGUGUUCGGAUGUUCGGCAUCCAACACACCAGCAUCAAGAACAAUCAGACACGAUUGUAUUGCAGAUUUACAAUCGAUGGUGCCACUUAUAAUAGCUACAAAUAUGUACCAGUGAAGAUUUUACCAGUUUUCCCAUCUUACCCAUAUGGUGUGCUCUUCUACACAAGCUCGUAUUGGUGUGAUGUGCCGCACCUCAGUGAUACGGAUUUCGUUGGAAUAUACACAAGUAGAUCUAUCAAAACAAAUGAUGGAACGUUUCUGAAAAUUGAAAAUGAACAACUGAAGACUGGAAAAGUGAAACAAAAUAUGUCUAUUUGUGUUAAGCCAAUCACAGGGACACAAAACGUUCUACGAUUUGUAGAGUGGAUCGAGUUCCAUAAAAUCUCAGGGAUUGACCAUUUUGUGAUUUAUACCAAUGAAAGCAAUAAUGCUAACAAGAAUGAGAUUGAGCAAAUCUUGGAUUAUUACCAGAAAAAGGGAUUACUAGAUGUGCAAUAUGACAGAUUUUUCUAUAGCAUACUGCCCCAUUUGAAAGUGAAAUAUGAACUUAAUGAUGACAAAAUUGGUUGGAUAAUGUCACAGCUUUAUCUAACGUCCUAUAAUGAUUGUCUGUAUAGAUACAGGAACAGAUUCAACUAUAUUCUUAUGUUAGACCUCGAUGAGAUAAUCUUUUCUAGUGAUCCAAAUAUUCGUAUUAUUGACGUGAUUGAAUCAGGUGCAGCGAGGAAACCCCACAUCGGAGGAUGGUACUUUCCUUCUGGUUGGCACCUGGACACGUAUGGUCAAGUAAAUAUUUCCCCACAUCAGCAUUUACAUUCUCAAAUGUACCUCAAACGCUCUAUCAUAAACAGAGACUCCGAUAAAACAUUCAGCGCGACCGCCUUUGCACUUCUGGUCAUAUGGCAUGGGACUGUUAGCUGUAAAUACCCACAGGGACCAAUCAGAGAGAACUGCAACAUGUUCCCUGGGAUGUACCUAAAGCCUGCUGAGGAAUAUGCUAUUGUUGUGCACCAUUACAGACACUCUUGUAGGAUGGGGCCAAAAACGUGCGAGAAGUACAAGAAGGGGGUAGUUGUUGAUAAUUCGACAUUGCAAUAUGGGGAUGCUCUGAACAUAAAUGUAGGCAAGGUCUUAAAAGAUUUGGACUUACCACCAUUUCCCCAUAUUAAGUAAAAACCAAUUUGGCUUCUAUUUACAUAGUCUUACCCAAUGUUAUCAAAUAUGAUGUGUGAAACCUUUUUUUUAAAGUGAUUUUUGAAGGACUUUUUGUUUGAAACGUUUUGCACUCUAAGUGAUAUCACGAUGAUUUCACUAAGGGUGCAAUUCAUUUCAAUAUGCUGAAACGGUUAAUUUUAUUAUUGAAAUAGUGUGUCCUUUGUUCAAUCUUUUGCAACAUGUUAAAACGGCAUGACUUAUCAGGCCCGUAGCCAGGGGGGGGGGGUUCGAUUGGUUCGAUUGCAGUUUUCACCAUUCUGAGCCCUUUUUGAUUUUGGCCAUUUUUGUACCAAAAUUGUCACAAGUGAACCCCUCCUGGAA